AUGUCGACGAGUAGCGAUUCGAGCAUAACAAGACUUGGACAACUCUUAUCCAAGCUGACAGUAGCUUCAACUAGGACUUCUGAUCAAGCUCCAACAGGUCCUGUGGCAGCAGUCAUUCCUCCACCAGCUCCAGAUACUCCUCAGCAGCAUAUUGGUGAACCUGUAUGCUCUAUAUGUGGCUUACGUUUCUCGAACUGGGAGGAACAACGAAAUCACUUCAAAACAGAUUUCCAUCGCUUCAACCAACAACGACGACUAAAGAAACAGUCUAUAGUAACUGAAGACGAGUUUGAAGACUUGUCGGAUGUGUCUUCGAUAGAUGCCAGUGACUCUGACUCGGAUGUUGAAGAGGACGACGACGAUGAACAGCAACAGAAACGAGUAAACCAACAACGCUCGCCCCUUAUUGAAUUCCUGAUGCCAGAUGGCAAGGCUUUAUUCGUAUAUAGAGCUACAUUGUCCUCGACACGAGACUUUGUCGGUCUCACGAAUGAUGACUUGCUGGGCAAGCUCCAGUCUUUACAGAAACAAAAGUAUUGGACAAUGUUUAUGACUGGAGCUGGGCAUUUUGCUGGUGCUGUAUUCGACUUGGCUACUGGUAAACCACUGGUGCACAAGACGCUACAUAGAUACACAACCAGAAGGAAGCAAGGUGGUGCUCAGAGUGCGAAUGACAAGUCUAAGGGGAAUGCACAUUCUGCUGGUGCUGGAUUACGUCGAUACAAUGAAAUGGCGCUCGAAAGAGACAUUCAAGAGCUGAUGAUACUAUGGAAGGAACAGAUACAGCUAUCUGGUUGCAUAUUCCUGAGAGCGUCACAGUCUAGUCGCAAGUCAUUCUUCUCAAACACAUCAAUAUUAGCCCCCGAUGACGGGAGAAUACGAACCUAUCCAUUCAAUACAAGGCGUGCCACAUUCAAAGAGUUACAAAGAGCAUACAAGGAACUCACAAUGGUUAGAAUUGCUGAUGCGACACAAUACACAACCGAGACAGAUACCAUCACUACUCCAGUGGUAGUCAAGAAUGUAGUCCCGCAGCCCAUUGCAGUGCCAGUAGAUGAAGGCCCACCACUACUGGAACCCUUUGUCGUCAAAGUCAUUGACUUGACGAAACGUGGUAAAGUCGAUCUGCUCUCAUCCCAACUACAAAUACAACCCGAUAUUAUACACACCAAACUAGCUGACUCAUACGGCACAUCGCUACUCCAUAUCGCAUCUCAGGCAUCACAACCUGACUGUGUAGAACUCCUCUUGUCACUUGGAAGCAACCCAACCGUGAAAAACAUCCGUAAUCUACGCCCAUACGAUGUCGCAUCUGAUAAAGAUACCAGGAAUGCAUUCCGGAGAGUCAUGUAUAGGCAGCCUGAAGCUUGGGAUUGGAAGGAUGCGCAUGUGCCUAGUGCUCUCUCGCCAGAGAUGGAAGAAGAGCAACGCAUUAAAGAUAAGGCAAAGAAGGCUGCUCAGAGAGAAAAAGAAAAGGCGUCCAAGAAGGCUAAUGCUGCCAGUGCUUCUUCGAAGGAGCCUGUUGUUGAGCCAGCACCAUCGUCGUCAUCGUCUCUGAAAAAGUCAAUAGUCAAGUUGUCAAAGACUGAAGUUGAAUCUAUCGGAAUGUCUCCUGAAGCUCGUGCGAGGUUGGACCGUGAGAAGAGGGCUUUGGCAGCUGAAGCAAGGAUGAGAUCUCAACAGUCUAAAUGUGCUAAUUGUGGGAAAUCUUUGGAGGGACUCGUGUCGUUUGAUAAGCUACAGUAA